UUGUUUCAAAGAGAAGUCAAACUUAUCUUGUCGUUUGACUUUUGGCUUUUUGAACAACUGUAGUUGACAUACACACUGUGUCAGCUACCUCAUUUUUAACCGUAUUUCAAAGACGUCUCGGCCUCCAAACCAUAGAGGGCUAUUCUCGGCGAAAAAGCGGAGAAACACAUUGAAAACUUGUAAAUCGCUGCAAGCAAGCACAUGUGUAUAUUUUGUACAACAUGCAAUCCUUGCACGCUUACAAAAGAAAGCAGGAAAGCUCUAAUUUUGCUGCUGCGAAUGAACCUUUUGGUACAUCAGAGCUAAAUUCGAAAAAGCAACGUCUAAGCUAUGAACAACAUCCUAUGAAUGGCGAGCAGACCCAAUACAAUAAUGAUAACCACGUAGCCAAUGGCUACAUUCAUGAUCAGAUGAAUGGCCAUUCGCAGACCAGUAACAACCAUUUAGAAACUCCUGUCACCGUUCAUUUACAAGAAGAUGAAAUGGCCAGCGAUGUUGGCAGGGUUCCUGAACCAAUGGAAUGUGCCGAGGAACAGAGGGAGUCCAAGACUGAAGUGAAUGGUAACUUGGUGCCAACUUCCAAUGGGAAGUAUUGUCCUCAUGGUCAUCUGAAUAUGUGUACAACUUACAAUGUUCCUUGUCGAUAUCCCAGAAUGUAUUGCCACCCUGGUGGUUUGCUAGAAGAUCGCUUAUCGAUAUAUCAUGGCAUCUGAUUCGACGUCGUAAUCAUCUUCAGAAUCACAGAAUCAUAUUGACAGAAGAGCUUUAAGGUUAAUAUAUUUAGGAAACGAAAACCUAAUGUAUAGUUGUAGAGAUAAAGGAUUUUUUAGUUUUGUGAGUAUUAUAUUAUCGUUGAGUAAGUUAAUAACAGUAUUUCAGAAGCAUGUAAUAUCAUGUUGUAUAUAUUUGUAGAGAAUGUGUUAGUAAGAUAUCUGUAUGGUUUGCUAUUAUUUUAUUGAAUAAUGUGUAAAACGAACACGUUGCCAUUUUUCCCUACAUUUUAUUUCGCCAUUAAACGUUAUUCCUAUUACAUGUUGUCAGAAUUAAACGUUUUAACCUUUCAUGCUUGCAGCGCUCGCUAAACUUAAUUCUGAUCUUGCAUGUGGACUGCUGUUAAUUUAUCUAAACUAAGGGGCUGUUUACAUGAGCCCGGUUACCCGAGAUUCAACGAAGCGUGAGAGGACUUUGAGGUAUUGAA